CUUUUCUGACCGAGUAGCCCCACGGAGCAAGACCAUUUUGAAACCCUCAAAAAACACAUUUAUACCGUUUAGUGGACGUACACUUUGCAAUAGGAUUGUUUUGAUCUAUUUCGACCUGUAUCUGAUGUGAUUCCUCAUUGUAAUCUGUGACGUGUCUGUUGAGGAUUGUUUCGAUCUAUUUCGACCUGUAUCGGAUGUGAUUCCUCAUUGUUAUCUGUGACCUGGCUGUAGUUAUAGAGACCGUGUUAACAUCAUUCAUUGAGCAAGAUGGACAAAGUUCAAAGUGCACAGGUUAAAGUUCAAGAUGACAAGCAAGAUGAAAGCUCACCUGGUUGUGGAUCCGAGAAGACAUCAGAGAUAAUUUUACCCAAGGAAAAAGAAGGACUAAACCCUGGAAGUUCAUUAGAAGGCUCAGCAGAUGGAGUAACAGUAACAAAGGGUGCAGUUGAUGGGGCGAGUAAAAUAACGGAGCAGAAGGAACAUUUGCAGUCUGAUGUUGAGUCAACGGUGAAUGCAACUACAGCUACGACAGUUCAAGAUAAAGAACAAAGUGCAGACACUACGACAUCGUCAAGUGAGAAUACCAGUCCAACAUCACCAGGUGAAGUACUGGAAAGCAAAGAGGAAGGUACAAAGAGUUCAGACCCUAAUCUAUUCACCUAUCUGGGACUUGUGAAAAAAGGUGCCGACGGUAAGCAGAGUCCGACAACAGCAGUCGAGGCUUCUCCGUCUGUGCCAAAUAACCCUGGUGGGGAAGAGCUGCUUGCCCAGAAAGAGACACUUUCAACAGAUACCCCGGGACAGUCAUCAGAUCUGAAUUCCAGAGAAACCACCGAUCCUGAGGUUGAGGAUGAUCCAGCACAAGUCACCAAGAUUUCUGUUCGCAAGGAUAAACGUCAGCAAGUUGACGAAAUUCCUUGUGCCAGUAGUUCGCUCAGUGAGAUCGGUGAGGUUGGGACAACUCGGACCCCUCCCAGAUUUAUCAAGUUGAAUUUAGACCAGAGUAAGGAGACAAUAAUUUGCUGUCCGGUAGCCCUUUUACUCCAGCAUACCAACUAUGUUGACGUGACCCUGCAGGAAGACCAUAAAGACUUGUAUUCCAUCAAAUGUUGCAAGUGCGUCCAUGAGGACUCCGAACCUUAUGCGAUGUUAGAGCACCUCCAUGAGGCACACCAGAUUCAGAGUGACCUCAAUAAACUCCUCAACCUCAAUAGUCAGCACCUUGGCUGCAUGAGCCAUCCAGAAUGUGUGAGCAUCCCUGGGAUCCCAAAUCUUCCCGAGGGACUCUCCGAUUUGGACAACGGUGUUAUUCGGUUUAAUAACAUCGGGAUACCAAGACGUAGCUUUGCCUGUCGACUCUGCCCGUUGAAUUUCACCACCUCGAGAGGGCUCCUCUCUCACCACCAAUACUUUACACGAACUGUGUUGAGCAAAGAUGUCAAGGAUCCUUGCCAUUCAAAAUUCACAUGCAAGGUUUGUCCGAGACAGUUUGAAAAUUUUCUUGAUUUCUACGCUCAUCACAAAUGGAUGCGUGUCAACAAGGACUUAUUUAUCCGAGAGAAGAAAGUGAACAUCAUUAGUAAUUCAGGAGAGGUAGUCGCUAGUUUAAGUACCACAACGAGGACAAACGAAAAAACACCAUCUUCCUCUAAAUUUAUUUGGGGCUUCGAGGCCAACCUGACACCAGACAGGAAUGUUCUAGGGUACUCAAUUCAGAAUUUCCCCAAGACAGUCUCGGGGCCUACAGAUUCUUCUGCUGACGCUAAUGAGCUCAACACUGAAGCAGAUAACGCUAAAAAAAAUUCUGAAAUUCAGUAUGUUGAGUCUUCAAUUAGCUACCUUCCCGGAAAUGAGACAGAAGAAGCCAAAUACGGGUGCGGUAUCUGUCUUAAAACCUUUCCCAGACUCGUUCAAUUGCAGGGUCACAUGGGAUGCCACGCCAGGAAACAGAACCCUGUCAGCACUACAACUUACAUAGUACCCGCUAUUGAGGAGCCGAAGGACAUCGAGUACAAGUGUGGCAUCUGCAGUGACACAUUCACAAAGUUAUCCUUUUUGCAGAACCACAUGGAGACCCAUUGCAAACCACUCAAACAAAAACAGCUAUCUGCAGCUUCUCCUUUCCAGACUGAGACCAAAUCAUUCUCUGAAACAGUCACUCUCAUCUCGUACGCAUGUGACGUCUGCAAUAGGACGUUUCUCUCAGAGGUAAAGCUAUGGGAUCAUAGGCUGACGCAUGGCCCCGAAGCAGCAUUGAAAAACACAGUCUUGCCAUCGAAAAAAAUGGAUAUCAACAGAAAGAAAAAUCACAUCUGUACUGUGUGCAAAAGGUCUUACUACCACAAGAAGAGCUUGAACUUUCAUGAAACAAAAGGACCCUGCCAAGCGAAAUUACCUGUUUUUGUGGCCCCCCAAAAUGCGAUACAGCCGGUAAAGAGCCUAGAGAAACUUUAUACACCAGCUGGUGGAGAAACCAAGGAUAAAGGUGUAGUUCGCCGCCACAAUAGGAGAGCAGUAACAAACAAAGAAGAUGUUCAGGCUCAAGACGACCCAGAAGUUCCACCACCCCAUGACUGUGAUGGAUGUGACAAGAAAUUCAACUUGCUGUGGCAGCUACAGCGCCACAAAGGCUUUCGGACAAAAGCAAACAAAUACCAGAUCCGAAAAGGCGCCGAAACGGCUGUGACAGAAAUACCCAAGCCACCUUACUCAUGCAAAGUAUGUCAACAAAGUUUUGCAUGUUUCUGGCAGUUCAAAUCUCACCAGGUUAACCGACAUGCUCAACUUAGCAGGUGGCUUGCACAUUCGGGUGCCAAAUCAAUAACGGUUAAAAUGAAGUCGCGGGCCGAGAGUGCAGGCAGUUCUCAAGGAGAACCGGAAGCGUCUACUAGUAAUGCAUUUGAUAAUGCGACUGCUAGAAAAAGUACUACAGCGAGUCGGCUUCAACGCCUGCUAGCUGCAUGCAGACGGUCGAAAGUAAAAGGCUAUAAUACAAGAGCUCAGAAAAAGAUGUUUCAAAGUAAGGAACCUGCGACUACAGAUAUUUCCAUCGUUCUCCACUACAAAUGUAACGUAUGCGGCAUGCCUUUUGAAGGAGAGGCCUCCCUUAGAAGUCAUAUGAUAUCACACAGGAACAUGCGAAACAACUCUCUUCGAAGGUUGUCCAUGCCCACUACUAGUGGCGAGUCUGGAAGCAUCCCCCGGUAUAAAUGUGCCUACUGCACCAAGACUUUUGCUGGAAAGGCCUCCAUCAGAAGUCAUAUGAUAUCACACAACAAGAAAAUCAAAUCUACGAAAGCAGUCGCAAAAAUAACUAAUAAAUCUGGAAAAGCAAUGUCUGCUGCUGAGACCAGUGAAGUUUGUGAUGAUCAAAGACAAAAAUCGUCUUGUGCUCCCAAAAGAGGUGAGGACAGUGGCUCUGAGAAGGACGUUGCUGGCAGUGAAAUUGAUGAUAAGCAUGGUAAAUUAGAUUGCAAUGCGACUGCAGUGGAUGGAAUUGAACGAGCAACCCUCCCCAUUGUCCCUGACAUGGCAGAAAAAUCUCUUCAAAAAUUGUCAGAAGAAACUACUGCUAACAAGAUGGAUCUUCAGUCGGCAAACAUUUCCACCAUUCCUGAAUACAAAUGUGACGUCUGCAGCAAGGCUUUUGCUGGAAAGGGCUCCCUGAGAAGUCAUAAGAUAUCACACAACAAGAAAACGAAAGACAAAUCUCCUGAAGCAGUCACUGAAAUAACUGAUGAAUCUGGAAAAGAAAUGUCUGCUGCUGAGACCCCUGAAGUUUCUGAUGAUAAAAGACAAGAAUUGUCAAGUGCUCCCCAAAGAUGCGAGGACAGUGGCUCUGAGAAGGACGUUGUUGGCAGUGAAAUUGACGAUAAGCAUGGUAAACUAGAUUGCAAUGCGGCUGCAGUGGCUGAAACGGAACAAGAAUUCCUCCCCAUUGUCCCUGACUUGGUGGCGGAAAAAUCUCUUCAAAAAUUGUCAGAAGAAACUACUACUAACAAGAUGGAUCUUCAGUCGUCAAACAUUUCCAUCAUUCCUCGAUACAAAUGUGACGUAUGCGGCAAGGCUUUCAGCAAGGCUUUUUCUGGAGAGGACUCCCUUAGAAGUCAUAAGAUAUCACACAACAAGAAAAUGAAAAAUGAUGAACCUGGAAAAGAAAUGUCUGCUGCUGAGACUAUUGAAAUUUGUGAUGAUCAAAGACAAGAACCAUCUUGUGCUCCCAAAAGAGGCGAGGACAAGUGCUCUGAGAAGGACUCUGUUGUAAGUGAAAUUGAUGAUGAAUCUGAUAAAUUAGAUUGCAGUGUGGCUGCAGUGGCGGACACUGCACGAGAAACCCUCCCCUUUGUUCCCGACGGGGUGACGGAAAAGUCUCUUCAAAAGUCAUCAGAAAAAACUACUACUAACAAGAUGGAUCUUCAGUCUGCAAACAUUUUGAUCAUUCCUCAAUACAAAUGUGACGUCUGCAGCAAGGUUUUUGCUGGAAAGGGCUCCCUGAGAAGUCAUAAGAUAUCGCACAAAACAAUGAAAAACAAACCUGCUGGAGCAGUCACUGAAAUAACUGAUGAUUCUGAAAAACAAAUGUCUGCUGCCGAGACCAGUGAAGUUUGUGACGAUAAAAAACAAUCGUCAAGUGGUCCCCAAAUAUGCGAGGACAGUGGCUCUGAGAAGGAUGGUGUUGGAAGUAAAAUUUACGAUAAUCAUGGUAAAUUAGAUUGCAAUGCGGCAGCAGUGGUGGAAACGGAACGAGAGUACCUCCCUUUUGUCCCCGACUUGGUAAUGGAUAAAUCUUUUCCAAAGUCUUCAGAGGUACCUACUUGUAACAUGAUGGACCUUCAGUCUGCAGUGAUGAAGACCGCACAAGAAGCCCUCCCUAUUGUUCCUGACUUGGCAAUGAGUAAAUCUCUUCAAAAGUCAUCGGAGGAAACUACUUGUAACAAGAUGGAUCUUCAGUCUGCAGUGACGAAGACCGCACAAGAAGCCCUCCCUAUUGUUCCUGACACUGCGCCAAACACCUGUGACGCAAAUGGAAGUCACCUGAACAAGUCUGGGGAUUUAGAGAAAGAUACAAGUUAUAGGGUAGAGUUGGAGUCUUCAAGGAAAACUUCAAAUGAUGAGCAAGAGCCACAGACUUCCUUAGAAAACAUUCCAAUUAAUCCAAGUCAUGAUGAGGUUCCAAGCUCCAGUAUUUCAAGGGAUGUGCACUUGAGUGAGAAUCCAGUUGAAGCUGCGAACUCUUGUCUGUCAAACGAUAAAGAGAUGAAGCAACCACCAAACAAAACUUCUGAUGUAGAGGAUCUUUCUUCUGGGAAAGUUACUCCUGAUAAGACCAACCUUCAGCUUUCAGUUGAAAACAAAAAGGACUUUGAUUCGACAGGAAAAGUUGCAAAUGACGAGUCUGAUGUCAAGCCUUCAGAAGAACCUCACAGUGAUGAAGUGGAUUGUCCGUCAACAGAGAAUAAUUUGAGCGAAGGGGCCUGUACGUUGGAGCAAGGAUUAACUGACAACAGUGACGAAAAAAUCUCUUCAUCUGACAUGACAGAGCCUCAUACAAUGGAACUUCAGACCAGUGAUGAAAUCGUUCCCCAUGGUCUUAAGAUCACAGGAACUAGAGCAGAGAUUCCUCUGGAAAAUCCUAAUGUUGUUGCAGAGAAAGUAGUGGCCGAUUCGGAGCUUGAAACAGAGACAGACAUUCCUCUUGGUAGCAACAGCGACAAUCAGUGUGUUGAUGGACGUACAAACAACACCAACUCCAAGCUUGCAGAAGAAGGAGUGAAUGCUAACCCCAGCGCUGUGUCUUCAGAGGCGAGCAACAUCAUUGCAAAAGACAGCCAGUCUUCAAUAGAAAGUACCAUGACCAAUCCCACUUCUGUGCCAGACUACCUACAAGAUGAGACAAUGCACCGGGCUUUGGCAACUGUAUGCGUUAGAACAGGAGAAGAACCUCCAAAGAUGUACACUUGCAAAAUGUGCAGAAAAACAUAUGCAAAGUACAACCAGCUCACAUCACACAAGCGAACUCAUGCUCGGAGAAAACGCCAAGGACUAAAAAGGAGGACACCAAAAGUCAAGGAACCUGUUCCUCUUCAACUUACAUGUCACAUCUGCAAAGUUAAUUUCUUUGAUUAUCAAAGCUACUACAAUCACAAGGGCGCUCAUGCUAGUAUUAAAAACAGUACAGGUUUCGAGAACUGCCAAACUAGCCUUGAACUUUCCAAGGAAGACCAAUCUCAUGCAGUAGACGCUGAAGAAGUCAAUCCCCAAACAACAGAGCUUGAAUCAUCUAAGGAAACCCAAUCACGUGUGGUAGUUGCUGAAGACACCAACCGCCCAGUAGCAGAGCUUAAAUCUUCUAAGGAAAAGGAAUCUCAAGCAGUAGUUGCACAAGACGCCAUUCACCAAACCAUAGAGCCUGGAUCUUCUAAGGAAAAGGAAUGUCAUACGGUAGUUUCUAAAGACACCAAUCAACGGGUCAAGUCAUCAGUUGACAAAUCCUCAGAUGGGAUCACGCAGAACAGCCCCAAACAUCAAGAAGAGUCCCAGCAGAAAAGCAAGUCACCAGGGACAACCAUGUCUGCAGGACGUCUAGCGUCUGCCAAGGAUAUUGGGCUACAGGCAGCAGCAGCAUCUAAAGUUGCCAUGGUCACAAGUAGUUCAUUCAGAAAUGCGGGCAAAUAUGCCUGUGAUCAGUGCAGCAAGACCUUCUCACGUUUCACUCAGCUUAAAGGUCAUCUGGCUGUUCAUACAGCCAAGUUGCCAGUCCAAAAACGUGAGAAGCCCUACUUCUGCAAAUAUUGCAAGGUCAAGUUUGUAACAGCUGCACGAUUGCUGUCUCACGUAAAAAAACAUGGCGAUGAAAAAGAGUGCGAGUAUCUGAGGCAGAAGAUUGCUCUACAAGAAAUGGAUCAUUCAUACUUUAGAAAGGUGAUUGGUGGGAACAAGACGGCUCCGGAAAAACCAAAGAAAAAAGUGCAGAUCACAUUGUCCUUUGAACAUUAUGAGAGUUCUGAAUACAGGGGCUUGGCAUGUCCUUACUGUCCGAGAAAGUAUGCAAAGCAGUGUCACCUUGCGAACCAUAUGAAUACCCAUAGGAAUUACAAAUGCACAGUAUGUGGGUCUUCGUUUUUUACUCCAAGACAACUGUCUGUUCAUUUUCCAUGUCCCGGUGAGCUUCUUAAACCCAAGGAGGAUCCAAAGAUUAAACCCAAGGACGACCCAAAGAUUAAACAAAAGGACGACCCAAAGAUUAAACAAAAGGACGACCCAAAGAUUAAACAAAAGGGUGACGCAAAGAAGGCACAGGAAUCAAAAGUCAAGCCCAAACCUGUUCCAAUUUCUGUGAGCCGGAAGCCAACUAAUUCUACUCCUGCGCCCGGAAGUGUGCCUCUAAUAUUGGCUUGCAAUCAGAGCAGUGUAAUACUGACGAAAAUUUUCAGAGUAUUCCUGUCCGGUCUCAGGCACCAGAAGAAAGCAGCCAUACAUCAAAGAUCUAAAUGGUUCCAGCCUAACCGGAGCUUACAGCGAGCUGCUUUGAAGUGUCACCAAGCCAGGUUGCAGAAGAUACUGGGUUCUCUACGGAAGGCCAUCAUCAUGGAGAUUGAGGAAGACACGCACAAAGUGGUCUAUGAUUGUUCGGAAUGCCGUAAGAGCUCCUUCUGUCACAAGGCAAUCCUCAGGCACUUCCUUCAAAAACAUUUGCCACAAACUGAGGAGAAGGUGAAGGAGAAAGAUAAGGUGAUGGAGAAAGAGAAGGUGAAGGAGAAAGAGAAGGUGAAGGAGAAAGAGAAGGUGAAGGAGAAAGAGAAAGUGAAGGAGAAAGAAAACGUGAAGGAAAAAGAGAAGGUCAAGGAAAAGGAGAAGAAAGAGUUACCCGCAUCGCCUGAAGUUCAAAUUAUAGAGGAGCGACCUUCUGGUCGCUUCAGGAACUGUCCGAUAUGCAAACGCUCCUCUGGCUUUCAGUGUCAUCUUCACAACAAGGCUAAAAACACUGAAACUGAAACUGAAGUUGAGAUUGACAAUGACGCUGACUUUGACAUUGAAACGGAGGGUCCAAAAAAAUACAGAAAGAAAAAGUCAUUUCCCUGCGAUAUAUGCAGACAGAAAUUCACCCAGCGGAGCCGGCUGAUGAGGCACAAAGCAAGCCACAUGGUGUAUAAGGACAGCGCAAGGAUUGCCUGCCAAUUUUGCAAGUACACAGCUAUAUCAAGAUUUGCUAUGGCUGCCCAUCUCAAAAUACACAGGAAGCGGAUUUCUAAGCGCCCCACACGAGACGGAGUAAUGGAAUUGGGUGGGAAGCGGAUUUCUAAAAGCUUCACACGAGACGAAGUAAUGGAAUUGGGUGAGAAGCGUAUUUCUAAGCGCCCCACACGAGACGGAGUUAUGGAAUUGGGUGAUAAGCCGAAGUUUGUCAAGAUAAAACCCAAAGAUGCUAGUGUUUACACAUGCAGAACCUGUGGCAAAUUCUUCACAAGUGUGAGAGCUUUCAGCAGUCAUACUCAAGAGCAUGAAGACGAGGACUCCUCUAUAGUUCAGCAUGAGAACAGCACUAACCCAAGUGAGAAUAUCAUCAAUCAAGACUCGCAACAGGGAAGUAGCGUCAAUCCUUCUACGCAGCAGUUGAAAACCAUUCCUGGUCCCAUGAAAUUGAACACCAAUCCUUCUCUGCAGCAGUUGAACACCAAACUUACUCCGCAGAAAGUGGACACUAAUCCUUCUCCGCAGCAGUUGAACACCAAUCUUACUCCGCAGAAAGUGAACACUAAUCCUUCUCCACAGAAAGUGAACACCAAUCCUUCGUCGCAACAGUUGAAAACUAAUCUUGCUCCCCAGCAUUUGAGCAACAAUUCUACUCCACAGCAGUCAAACACCAAUCCUGCUCCACAGCAGUUGAGCACCAAUCCUGCUCCACAACAGUUGAGCACCAAUCCUGCUCCACAGCAGUUGAGCACCAACCCUACUCCGCAGAAAGUGAACACCAAUCCUUCGUCGCAGCUGUUGAGCACCAGCAAACCUAUCCUAGCGAAAAGCGGCAGCAUAAUUCUCAUCCUGCAGCAUGGGAAAAACAACAGUGCAACCAACACUUCUAACAUGCAGUUUGUGAAAGUCAGCAACCCUCCUACUGUGCAACGUGUAGUCAGCAACCCUAUUGCUCUGCAAAACACAACUCCCAAUCUGCAGAAUGGCAACAGCAGCACGCAGCAUGGAGACAACACCAGCCCCACUGUACAGCAGGUUGACACUCCAGCCGUGGAGAAUGUGGUGAACAGCAAGCAUAAACUGCAGAAUGAAGAGGCCAACCCGAAACGGCGGAAAUCGAGAAAACAACCUGAGGUGAACUUGCCAUUCUCAUGUGCUAAGUGCCCCGAAUUCUUCACGACCACAGAAAGGUUGUGGGACCACAUUAUCAAGGAACACACUGCUGCGAACACUUACAAAUGCACCAAGUGUUCAUUUGCCACAGACAGCCCAUCCUCUCUCCAUCGUCAUGAGAAAAAACAUGAAGAGAGCAGCCUAGAAAAGAAAAAGUGGCACUCAUAUCUUCGAGAUGUGUUACACUCCAACUUAACAGCACCAAGUGCUGGUCUUCCAAACAGCCCUAUGAAAAAAGUGAGGAAUGGAUCGCAGGCCGGUGAUAAAAGUCAGUCUGACAGUGUUUCACCCAAAAAGACGGGAAAACUUGAAGUGCAAACGAACUCCGGUUACCAAACCAUUAAGAAUCCCAGAUCUGAAGUUCAGACAUCGGAAACCGUUUCUCAACCUCCUUCAGGGUGUGACACUUCACAAAACUCAGAGGGAAGUUCCUGGAAGCCCGCCGAGUCUCCUGACGAGUAUUUUGCAUGCUCUCAGUGCAAAGACUUCCGUGCUUCGACUCAGAAAGAAUGGGACCUACAUAUCCUGACGGUUCACAAAGGCAGCACUACUGAUAAGUUCUCUUGCAAAAUGUGUCAGUAUACCACCACGAGUAAACAACGCUUGGAGCGUCAUAUGAAACUACAUCGACGCAUGACGCUUCAGUGUGACUCCUGCGCGUACCGCACCCCACAGAGGCACCAGAUGAUUCGCCACGUCCAGACCGUACACAAGCAGCAGAAACCAUUCAAAUGCAAGACCUGCAGCUACUCAACUGCAUACAACCACCACCUCAGGAGGCAUGCAGAGAAGCACAAGAACCCAGACUUCAGAUGUCGUUAUCGGAAAUUCAUGAAGAGCGGUGACUGGCACAAGGUAGAUAACGUUAAAGGCAACGCUAGCAUGCUCUGCAAGGAGUGUGGAUGCGAAUUUCGAAACAAGAAAACUCUACGUCGUCACCAACUCAAGAAGCAUUUCCGGAUAACCAUUGCUGCUUCAUCCGGUCGUCCCAAUUCGUUGGGUCCCAGUCUGGAUGUGGAGAGGUCUUUUUCUGUAAUACAACCACAAUCUGGGACUGUAGGACAUGCAGUGUUCAGUGAGCAAGUCCAAGAAGUCCAUCAGUGUUCAAUUUGCGCUAUGGUGUUCAGACGUCGCUCCGAUCUCAACCAACACGUGUCAAAGGGUCAUCCAAAGACCAAGACCAGCCUUCCAUCCCAGUGUCCACAGUGCGGCAUUGUGACCGGUAGCGAACAGCUUGAAGACCACAUGAAGAUACACGAGGAAGAGAACCUUCUGUCCUGCACUGAGGAAGGAUGUCAGUUUAAGACGGCCGAGUCGAUCCACCUCCAGCGCCAUCAGGCAAAGCACGCCGCCCAGAAAGAAGUUCUCCACUCAUGUCGCCCCUGCCAGAUGAGUUUCCCAGAUCUGAGCAGCCUUGAGGUGCACAACAACCAGCAUCACACUAAGCUGCCGAACAUCAUCAGCCACAAAGACCCCUUCUUUUGUACUCAGUGCCCGUACCAAAGCCCCUGUGAGAAGGACGCCAACCGCCACUGGAAGCUCCACAACUACAAUCAGUCGUUCCAGUGUGAGUACUGCGUCUUUUCUACAUCGACCGCUGCUGCUGUCGCCACUCAUCGGAAGAUUCACUUCGGUGGACGCCGCUUAUCCGCCGCCUUUGUCCCGAAGAAGACCAGAAAGACGAGAUCAACAGGACAGGAGUGGAGUCCGGGUAAGAGCGGCGGGACUUCUCUGCAGCAGCAUUUGUUCAUGAGCAAUCAGGGUAAGAAGUUGUACGAGUGUAGGUAUUGUCAGAGAUUCUUUGAAGUGGCCGAGGCGUGGCAGCGCCAUGAGCUGAGGCAUAUGGCUGAGUGGCCUCAAUGUUAACCUACACUACCUCAAUCAUGAGAAUAGAGUGUUUGUCGCAUUCCCAAAAAUGAGUGUUAGAGUAGCAGCCUCCAUAAAGUCAAAUGCUGCACAACAGCCUAUUGGGUUUAUUUUUUUUGGGGGGGGGGACCAAAAGUAAAAACGAUGCAAAUAUCUUUGAUGAUGAUAAUCACUCUGUAUUUCUCUCAAUUUCUGUCAGUGAAAUGGGAGGCGUCUGAAAGUAUUACAUGUAUUAAAGGCAGUGGACACUAUUGGUAGUUACUCAAAAUAAUUUUCAUCAUAAAACCUUUCUUCAUUAC